UGCCCGUUACCGGUGAACAUCCAGGCCAGGAUUCAGAGAUACAUCACCAUGGCCUCCUCGCACUGCAUCUGGAUUGCUCUAUUUCUUUUCACGGCGAUGGCAAGGGACAUUGGAGUAUUUGGUCGCGCAGUCGACAAACUGGGAUUUAUGGCACAGUCCCAGAAAACCGCGGAUGAGUCCUCCGGACCAACUUUACGCACGGACGCGUUGAGGCGCUGGAGGCGCGGGGUCGCGGACACGCACCUGGAGCGGUGUGCAGAGCUGGUGGCGCCUUGGCUAGAAAACACACACGAUCCCGAGGAUAAUGCAACGCGGCUGCAGCUCCGUGUCCGGCCCUUUACCCCGGGAGCAUCCCGGCACUCUGUUUUCCCCGGGAAAUCCCUCUUCAGCUUUGUCCGACGGGUUUACCACUGCUGUCAAGAAGGAGUAAACUGCAGAAACGUAAAGGGAAUUCAAGGUCGAUUGAGGGGAGGCUCAGCUGUGGAGUUUCUGCUCACCAGGGAGAUUUUGUCAUUGAGGAUUAUGAGAGCUGAGCUCCGCCUCCAACUUUCCAACCCACAACAUCUGGAUAUCUAUCCUGUGCUUUCAUCUAUGGCAAAGCGAGGCUUACCUACGAGGUACAGCUGGUGGUCACAGGGCAACACGUUGGAGCUGAGAGUAGAUCUGCUAUUCCUGUUCCACAGUCUGAAACAGGCGACUGGUGGUGCAGGAGGUGGUCCCAGCUUGGAGAACAUGCGGCGGCCGGUGUUCUCUUCCAGGAAGUACCCACCAGGAGAACGGCCUGCUUCUGGGGCUCUGCAGGACACUGAUGUGUGGGGGGAUGGGGUGGCCAGCACGCUGCCUGCUCUGGACCUGGGCCUGGUCCUGGGCUGCAGCCAGGCUGCAUCGUGGGUCUCCUGUGAAACGGGCGGUGUUCACCUCUCGCAUGCACCACCCUUCAUGGCUCUGUACUACAGAUGAAGGCAGAUUGGGUUCCGCAUGGAAACAUUUCAUUUGGUGAAUCUGUUUUCCGACUGAAGACAUUUAGGCUCAACGCUUACAAGGAAAUGAUGCACUUCAAUGUCAAAUGUAUUAAUUUAUAAAUGUAUUUUUUGUAAAUAUAUAUAUAUACACACACACAUGUUAAUAGUUAAUGAUAUACUGUAACUUUAUGAAGUUAUUUGGUUAUUAAAGCAUGAUCUAACAAUG